CUUGACUCGGUAAAUAUUGACACUAUUCCACAGUAGCAGAGCUGCAUCCAUGAUGUCGGGGGAGGGAGGAGGGGACAGCCACGUGGUGGAGGAGGACACGCAGAGCAGCUACCACAGUCAGGAGCAGACCGUCGUCCUCAUUGACAACAUGCAGAAGCUGCGUCUCGACUCCAGCUACACCGACAUCAUCAUCAGCAUCGAAGGCUGCAAGUUCCCCUGCCACAAGGUCGUCCUUGCUGCGGGAUCCCCUUACUUUAAGUCCAUGUUCUCGUCCGGCAUGGAGGAGAGCUUCAAGGAUGUGAUCGACAUCAAACAGAUAGAUGCAUCCGUGUUUGAGCACGUGCUUCACUUCAUCUACACUGGUAAUGUGAGCAUGACAGGCGCCAUUGUCCAGGAACUGUUCAGUCAGGCUCAUCUGUUCCAGGUUCUCACACUGGUGGAGCUCUGUGUCCAGUAUUUCCAGCAGAACAUGAACGAAGGUAACUGUCUUGCUGCUAUGACUCUUGCUGACAUCCAUGCUCACAAGCCCCUUUAUAACUUUGCCAAGAAGUUCGCCUGUGAACAUUUCCCAACUGUAGUUUUGGAUGACGAUUUUUCCAAAUUGUCUGUGGACUGUAUUGUAGAUCUGUUGCGAGACAGACGUCUGAAUUGCCAGUCUGAGGAGCAGGUGUUCGAUGCAGCAGUCAAGUGGCUUGAGUCAGACUCUGAAAAGAGACUCACCUACAAGUUCCAGGUCCUUGAAUGUGUCAAGUUCCCACUGAUCAGUCAGAGCUACUUGAUGGACGUUGUUGUCAAGACUGGUCAUCUGUCUGACGAGGACAAAGGGAAGGAGUUGUUGGAGGAGGCUGUUUUGUAUCACACUGUCCCGUCACGCCGCCAUAUGCUCCCGUCAUACCAGAUCACACCUCGCUAUUCCUUUCCAUACUUUGAGAGUGCCAUUCUACUGGGCGGCCGAUUGAUGGAUGGGCUGAGUAAUGAUGUGGAGUACUACAGAUCAGACACAAAGGAAUUCUGUUCGCUUAAAGCUCUUCCUUUCAAAAAGAGAAAUGAAUUUGCUGCUUGUGCUAUUGGGAAUGAAAUUUAUGUGUCAGGGGGCCUACGAAGCUCGGAAUUUUGGAAGUAUGAUCCGACGUUUGAAACAUGGCUGCGAGGCUCUAACAUGCUGCACGCUCGGAGGCGCCAUGCGAUGUCUGCGGUAGAUGACCUCAUCUGUGUUCUGGGAGGAUUCGAUGAGGACAGUGUACUGGCUUCCAUCGAGAUGUGGGACAAAAAAUCAAACAAGUGGGAAGAGGGAGGGAACCUGAUCACAGGUGUAGAAAACAUGGGCUUUGUGUCGUAUGGCAAGAAGAUCUAUUUAUUCGGGGGCAAGAACAAUGAGGAGAUGGUAACAAACACAGUCCAGUGUUACGACACCGUCAGCAAGACGUGCAGUGUCCUACAGAAGGGCCUGCCAGCUAAUGACAUGUGUCUCACGGCAUGUGUCCUCAACAACCAGAUUUAUGUGGUGGGACUGGAAGGUGUGUUCGGGUUCUCCCCAGCGUCCGACACCUGGGACAUCCUCCCCGACAUGAGCUACCCCAGAGACUUCGUCAGUCUGUGUGUCUUGGAUGAAAAGCUUUAUGCCUUUGGAGGUCGGCGUCGAGGCGCUAAGGACAACUUGUACUCGGAUGUGAUUGAAUAUUAUGACCCUGAGAGCACCAGGUGGUUUACAUCUGGGAAUAUCCCAGUUCCGAUGUAUUCCUAUGGUUGUGUGAGGGUAUUCCUGUGUCAACAGAGGCGGGAACGUACCCAGAGCCAGACUGAGAGGGUGCAGCAACCAUCCUGCUAGAUGUGUGUCUUGACAUCCAUCCUGCAAGGUGUGUGUCCCGGCAUCAACCUUGGCAUCCCCCAGCUAGGUGUGUGUUUUGACAUCCAUCCUGCUAGGUGUGUGUCUUGACAUCCAUCCUGCAAGGUGUGUGUCCCGGCAUCAACCUUGGCAUCCCCCAGCUAGGUGUGUGUUUCGACAUCCAUCCUGCUAGGUGUGUGUCUUGACAUCCAUCCUGCAAGGUGUGUGUCCCGUCAUCCACCCUGCUAGAUGUGUGUCUUGACAUCCAUCCUGCAAGGUGUGUGUCCCGUCAUCCACCCUGCUAGAUGUGUGUCUUGACAUCCAUCCUGCAAGGUGUGUGUCCCGACAUCCACCCUGCUAGAUGUGUGUCUCAGCAUCAACCUCGGCAUCCCCCUGCUAGGUGUGUGUCCAGUCAUCCACCCUGCUAGAUGUGUGUCUCGGCAUCAACCUCGGCAUCCCCCUGCUAGGUGUGUGUCCCGACAUCCACCCUGCUAGAUGUGUGUCUCGGGAUCAAACUUGGCAUCUCCCUGCUAGGUGUGUGUCCCGUCAUCCAUCCUGCUAGAUGUGUGUCUUGACAUCCACCCUGCUAGAUGUGUGUCUCGGGAUCAAACUUGGCAUCCCCCAGCUAGAUGUGUGUUUCGACAUCCACCCUGCUAGAUGUGUGUCUCGGCAUCAACCAUGUAAGUUGUAUGUCUCAAUUUCAGAAAUUUCUUUACAUUUGUUAUAGAUCUUAUUUCCUGCAAUUGUACAGAACAUGAUUAAUGCUAUUUAAACAGGAAAUUUGAAUGUUGUCAUUUGAGGAAGUUAUACAUAUAUCCUGCUGUAUGGCAAUAUUGAAAUCAAAUCUCAGUCAGCUCAAACCCCGCUUUUAUUAGACUGAUGUGUAGAUGUACACGUGCACUACCACAAUCACAGAUACUGUCUGUCCGAACCCCUUAUGUGAAAGAUGCAUUGAUGUAUUUGAUUGCUUUACUGUCUUUUAGUCUAUUCUCCUGUCAGCAUCCAUCAGAACAUUUCCAUAUAGUAUGUUACCAUGGUUACCUGUUCCAUGAGCACAUCCAAAGACUGAGGUGUGGCACUCAAGCCACAGUACAGUACACAUCACACCAAACAGAGGAACUGAGUGCUUUAACUGUGACACAAUGAAGCUCUAUUUCUUUGUCAUGGAAGGGGGCACGGGUGGCCCAGUUGUCUAAGGACCUGCAAUUCGCUGUGCAUCCCUAGGGAAUGCAAGAACCCUAUGAUCUUGGGUUCGAAUCCAGGUUCGCCCUGAUUCUGUUUCUAGGUUUGCCAGCACCAUACCCAUGCUCGUAGUUUUCACCAAAGUGGUAAAGGUCUGAGGUCCGAGGCUUUCCUCCCACAUUAAGCAGACUUGCUGUGAUAUAACUGGAAUACUGUUCAAAGCGGCGUUAAAAUCCAACUCACUCAAGGCAAUAUAUACCAUGUUUUGAUUAACUGAUGUAGAAUUUUUUGUGAUUGUUUUGGCCUGUUUAAUUGGCUCUUGACUACAUAUCAUAUCUUUGAUAACUUUAUGUUUUAAACAUGGGGAUUAUUCACUCAUAUUUAGCUCCCAAUAUUAUUGAUUAAGGUUGAUUCCUUCAAUGAAUUUCUCCACUAGUGCUAUUACCAUGAUUAUGUGAGUUGUAUCGUAUCUUCCGUUUCAGGAAAUUUCCAAAUCAUGAUUCAUGCUUACCAUUGUUAGGCCAGACUUUUGGGGAGUGGUUAUUUAUGGAUCUUUGGCUUAAAAAUUCAGUGUGAUGUACAAAACAACCUUAGUGCUAUGUCUGUGGUAAGUCUGUGUUAAGCAUGUUAAGGUAUGGGAGUUACGAUCAUCUUAGCACUAAGAUCACUUUGUACAAUAGCACCCAGGUCGGUAGGUAAAAAAACUGAAAAGAUAAGUAUGCUAAUUUCAAGUAUAUUUUUUAAUUUCUUCAAAAUGUUAAGUAGGUAAGAAAAGAAAAAUGGGGAUGGGAGGAAUAGAGAAAGAAACAAUUUUAGAGUUACCUGCCUUCCAUUAUAAACGAGAUCUGUCAGGAUUAGUAACAAUUUGUUGCCUUUUAAAGUUUUUUCCAUAAAUUUUCAAAAUGUUGUAAUUAUAGGAUUUUAAAUAAUUGAUUCAUAUUGAUAGCAACAAUUAAUGACAGUAAAUUACUUAUUUCUGGUCAGUGGAAUAAAAAAACCACUGCUUUUUAUUUUUAAUGGGUCUUUUUCACAUUUAAAUUUUUUUUACUCUGCACAUUCGUAAUCCAUGUCUUAAAAAGGUCUGGCCUCAUGGAGUAAAAUCCCUUUGUAAACCUGGAAGCAUUCACAGCAGUUGUCAUCGGGAAGGUGAGACUUCUGGAUUAACAGGAUCCAGCCUAAUGAGGUUUGCCUGUAGAAAGGAUGACAUGGAUUUGGUUUACAAAACAGCAUAUCUGUGAGUAUAAUUGUCUGUUAUGAAUACAAUAUCACAGAGAAUGCAUGGUGAAUAGUUUUUCAUCUUCUGUAAAUCUUUGUCAUGUUCAUCUAAUUCAUUAGAUCAUGAAGUCUGUUACCAUUGUUACAUAAGUAUUAGGGCUGGGACAGGUAACUCGGGUACUCGGGUCGGGUGGGUACUGAGUAGGACCUGGCUCCUGGUUGAUGCAUGUCAUCGAUCCCAAAUACGUAGAUCGAUGCUUAUGACAUCAAUCACUAGAUUGUCUGGUCCAGACUCGAUUAUUUACAGACCACCGUCAUAUAGCCGGAAUAUUGCUGAGUGCGGCAUUAAACAAAAAAAAAAAAAGUAAAGUAUAAAAAUACAUGGAAAGUGAUUAUAUAUAUGCCUUUUGUACAGUAUGAUUCAAAAAUUAUACCUGGAGAUUCAGAAAUUGGAAGAGUAAAUUAUCAAUCUCAAUGAGAAUGAAGGUGCAAACUUUACAAAUUACACCUGCUUGUUAUAUAAUCUAGGUCAAGCAACAUUCACCAAGUUUGAAGGGGGUCAGAGGUAGUCUUAUGGCGCUGCAAUUAAAUUCCAAAAGGGCCCCUUAAACUUAUGAGUGGGUCACUCUCUGGGUCACAUUGAGACAAAUACAUUUCUUUUCCUGUACAUGAAACUUAGACUUGCACAAGUCUGUAAGGCAUUGAUUAUUAAUUUAAAUCAUAAUUCCUAAAUUAUAUGAAUAAUAAUAAGUUGUCCUUAUUAAAGACUGGCAGCCACUUACCUAGACUUGCCUAUUAUUAGGAUGAAUUUACUCUACAUCCAUGGACUUAUCAUUCAGUACAGACUUGGAGCAAAGCUAAUAAAACGUGUACCAUUGCCAAGCAGUCUUGUCUGGAUGUACUGCUUAGGACUGCCUAAGACCGCUUCAGACGGCUCCCUGUAACAGUACAUCAUCAAGACAAUGAGGAUAUGCCGCCCUUUUAUAUUUGUUCUUCUGUUUCUGACAUUACUAUGGAAGCCCUUGAGCAUUCCUUACUGUCCCCCGGGUCUGUUUAAUUUUAGGGUUUGCAUGGCUGGGAUGGUGAAAUUAAUACAAUAGUUAACAUUCACAUUGUUCAGUGUGUUUAAAGGGACACUAUGCUACAAGGUCUAAUGCAAUUUUGCCAAGGUCUAGACAUUGCCAGGAGGCACGGGUGGCCCAGUCGUCAAAGGUGCCACAAUUCGCUGUGCAGAGUUGCGUUCCUUGGGCACGCCAGAAACCCAUGAUUGUGGGUUCAAAUUCUGGUUAACCCCGAUUA